GCUGCCGAUCUUCAUUCCAGUGCGCAUGGAAAGGCAGAGGAGCAGGAACGGUCGGCGCUCAGAAGGUGAAACGCGCUCAGGGAUUUUACGCGUAAAGCCGCAAUAAGGUGAUUUUUUUUUUUUUUACGGGACGCGCUUUAUUAUUGGACUACAACAACAGAAUGCUAUCUGAUAAGGAAUGGACAUUUAAACAACUGUUCUCCGUGUAGGGAUCUCACUGUGCAACAUCUAUAAACGGACACACAUGCUCUCCACUGAUGAAAAAUAAGCUGGAAAGAGCGUUUAUCCCGUGGAUGAGUUUUAAAGCUCUUUCAGCGCCGCUUUAGAUAUAUUUUUUUGCACAUUGGAUUACAUAAACACGGCUGCAAUUGCGGUUUAUGGAAACAGCUGAGAAGAAGACAACUGAAGUUGGAGAAGAAGGUCUCUGAAGCUGGACUGAGGGUCUGAAGGAUUUUACAAUAUCCUCCUGGAGAUCCACUUUCAUGUCCGAAGUCUCUGGUUUAUGACAAUGGAUUAUUUGCUGUUUUUAUGCGGCUUUUUGCUGCCUCUGUCCUCGGCUGUUGAAGAAACACUGAUGGAUACCAAAUGGGCCACCACUGAACUCGCGUGGACCUCACAUCCUGAAACUGGGUGGGAGGAAGUUAGCGGUUACGACGAUGCCAUGAACCCUAUCCGAACGUACCAAGUGUGCAAUGUUCGCGAGCUGAACCAGAACAACUGGCUUCGCAGCGACUUCAUCCCUCGAAAGGACGUUCUCCGUGUUUAUGUGGAGAUGAAGUUCACCGUACGAGAUUGCAACAGUAUUCCCAACAUUCCAGGAUCAUGUAAAGAGACCUUCAAUCUAUUCUACUAUGAGUCCGACUCGGAUUCCGCCACUGCCACCAGUCCCUUUUGGAUGGAGAACCCUUAUGUUAAGGUGGACACCAUUGCUCCGGACGAGAGCUUCUCUAUGUUGGAGUCUGGCCGGGUCAACACCAAGAUUCGCAGCUUUGGUCCACUUUCUAAGGCUGGCUUCUAUCUGGCUUUCCAGGAUCUGGGUGCCUGCAUGUCUUUAAUCUCCGUCCGAGUUUUCUACAAGAAGUGUUCCACGACCAUUGCCUAUUUUGCAGUCUUCCCAGAGACGGCCACAGGAGCUGAGGCUACGUCACUAGUCAUUGCCCCUGGCACUUGUGUGCCAAACGCUCUGGAGGUGUCUGUCCCUCUUAAACUCUACUGCAAUGGAGAUGGAGAGUGGAUGGUUCCUGUAGGUUCCUGCACUUGCAUGGCUGGGUUCGAACCUGCAGUUAAGGACACACAGUGUCAAGCUUGCAGUCCGGGCACCUUUAAGUCGAAGCAGGGUGAAGGGUUCUGCUCCCCGUGUCCACCCAACAGCCGGACAAGUUCUGGAGCUGCCAGCAUCUGUUCCUGCAGGACCGGCUACUAUCGGGCGGACAAUGACUCUCCUGACUCAGGAUGCACCACCGUGCCCUCAGCUCCACGCAGCGUUAUCUCCAGUGUAAAUGAGACGUCUCUUGUACUUGAGUGGAGCGAGCCACGUGACCAAGGUGGAAGGGAGGACCUUCUCUACAACGUCAUCUGUAAGAAAUGUCUGCCUGAACGUGGAACCUGCACACGAUGUGAUGACAACGUGGAUAUCUCUCCCCGCCACCUUGGGCUUACUGAGAGACAUGUGACGGUCAGAAACCUUCAGGCUCACACCCAGUACAGCUUUGAGAUUCAAGCCGUCAAUGGAGUCUCCAACAAGAGUCCGUAUACACCACAGUUUGCCUCUGUUAACAUCACCACCAACCAGGCUGCUCCCUCUGCAGUUCCUACUGUCCACCUGAUGGGGGCCUCAGCCAACACCAUGAGUCUUUCCUGGCUCCCCCCAGAAAAACCAAAUGGCAUCAUCUUGGAUUACGAGAUUAAAUACCAUGAGAAGGUAAGAGCCAGUGACCAGGGAGAAGCUAUUGCCCACACCAUGACAGCCCAGCGUAGCUCGGCACGCAUUGAGGGUUUGAAGCCAGGCACACCGUAUGUUGUGCAGGUUCGAGCCCGAACGGUGGCAGGCUAUGGCCGCUACAGCAGCCCUACUGACUUUAGCACCAACCACCAGGCCGAUGCAGACAAGACUCUACAGGAGCAGUUACCUCUCAUUGUGGGGUCUCUGACAGCAGGGCUGGUCUUCAUCAUUGUUGUUGUGGUUAUUGCCAUUGUCUGCCUCAGGAAGCAACGCAAUGGCUCAGAAUCAGAGUACACAGAAAAACUGCAACAAUACAAAUCCCCUAUAGUCACUCCAGGGAUGAAGGUCUACAUUGACCCAUUCACCUACGAGGACCCGAAUGAGGCCAUCCGCGAGUUUGCCAAAGAGAUUGACGUUUCCUGUGUGAAAAUCGAGGAAGUCAUUGGCGCAGGUAACCAACAACACAAGCUCCUGAGCAACAGGGGGAAGACAGCUAGGCACACCCAGGCCAUACCUUUAGAGGACUUCACACCAAGCGGAGAGUUUGGAGAGGUGUGCCGUGGCCGUCUGAAACUCCCUGGACGGCGUGAGAUCAUUGUGGCCAUCAAGACUCUGAAGGCAGGCUACACGGAACGUCAAAGAAGAGAUUUCCUGAGUGAGGCCAGCAUCAUGGGCCAGUUCGAUCAUCCUAAUAUUAUCCGCCUGGAAGGGGUGGUGACGAAGAGUAGGCCAGUCAUGAUUGUCACUGAAUUCAUGGAGAACGGAGCGCUGGAUUCCUUUCUUCGGUUAAAUGAUGGACAGUUCACAGUCAUUCAGCUCGUCGGUAUGUUGAGAGGCAUUGCAGCUGGCAUGAAAUAUCUGUCCGACAUGAACUACGUGCACCGUGAUUUGGCUGCCCGUAACAUUCUGGUCAACAGCAACCUGGUGUGUAAGGUUUCCGAUUUUGGCCUUUCUCGUUUCUUGGAGGAUGAUGCCACCGACCCCACCUACACCAGCUCAUUGGGAGGAAAGAUCCCUAUUCGCUGGACAGCACCAGAGGCUAUUGCUUAUAGGAAGUUCACCUCAGCCAGUGACGUCUGGAGCUAUGGCAUUGUGAUGUGGGAAGUGAUGUCGUAUGGCGAGCGCCCAUACUGGGACAUGAGCAACCAAGAUGUGAUAAAUGCAGUCGAGCAGGACUACCGACUGCCCCCACCUAUGGACUGCCCUACUGCCUUGCAUCAACUCAUGCUUGACUGCUGGGUAAAAGAAAGAAACUUGAGACCCAAGUUCUCCCAGAUCGUCAAUACCUUGGACAAACUUAUUCGCAAUGCCGCCAGCCUUAAGGUGGUCACCAGCACACAUUCUGGGGCCUCCCAGCCGCUCCUCGACCGCUGUGUGCCUGACUACACCACCUUCACCACUGUGGGCGACUGGCUGGAUGCCAUCAAGAUGAGCCGCUACCGAGACAACUUCCUUAAUGCUGGCUUUGCUUCUUUUGACUUGGUGGCCCAGAUGACUGCAGAAGACCUGUUACGGAUAGGUGUAACAUUAGCCGGCCACCAAAAGAAGAUUCUCGGCAGCAUUCAAGACAUGAGACUGCAAAUGAACCAAACGCUGCCCGUCCAGGUCUGAGAUGGGGGCGGAACUGUUCUAAAGCGAACUAACAGACGACCCCAGAUCAUCUCCACUAAUCAGAUGAAACUGGCUCGCAGUGCCUCGGACAACUUUUUCUUUUCCAUUUUCCUGUUUUCCUGUAACGACUGCAUUAUUUUACACACGACAGGAUUAGAUAAGAUUGUUUUGUACUUAUUUUUAAGAACGGAGAGGAAAGCCUAUAUCCCAUGCAUGCCUCACGAGGCUCCGGCACGGGGUUGGCGAUUGCAUGCGUGCGUGUGGUAUUUUCUUUCGUGAGGCUGGCUGGGAAGCCUCCCAUAAUGCAUUUCUUCCUGAAACUGACUCUGAGGGACGGACUCUCCCGGAUGGACAUUGCUUAUGGAAGAGAUACUCCUCUAUUAGUACACAUAACUUGAAUAUAAAAAGACAAAAAACUAGACGUGAAUAUAAAUUCAUGAAGCGUGUGGACACAAAUGCGCAGAAAUCCCUCCAUUGCUAGCAGAUGUUCUAUUGUGCGUGUGAUGUUGUGCUUAUUCCCCAUCUUCAUAUUGAAGGUGUUUUAUUUAAGGGCACAUGCCUCAAACAGACAGGAGGGAGAGGCACAGCCGAGGGCAAAAGAUCACGGAUGUCGCAGGACCGGAUUUGAGGAAGUUGCAUUUGUCCACCAGGUUUAAACUGACAAAAGGACUUCUUAGAAUAUACCUGGUGAACUCAGGAUGCUAUCAUAGUUUCAAAUAAUGGAUUCUCAGCUGUGUUUUCACAAUUUCAAUCGAUGUUUUCUUUUAUUCUCUUCUGUUGUUUCCCCUCAACCUGUUUAGUUUCUGUUCCACGAUGAGUUGACAUUUAACUAGUAAUCAGUCACUAUAUCAGGAUUCUUUAGCAGUUAGAAAAGAAAAGGACUGUGAUAACCUGUACUACACUGCAAAAAUUUAUUUUUAUUUUUUUAUCUUUAAAUCAGUAAAUUUGUCUUUUUCCAGGACAAAUAUCGCAACAUUCUUGAAACAAGAUCAUUUUGAGAAGUAAAAUUGCACAAUAUAUUAAACCUUGCUUUCAGAGAAUAUAUCUUUAAACAUGUUUUCUUUGUCAAAUUCUUAAGCAUAAAUCUAACAAAAUUUGCAAAGUUUUAUGCUUUAGACGUAAAAUAAGUCAAAUUAAUGUAGUUUUGCUUAAUACAUUUUCAUCUUGUUUUGAGAAUGUUGACAAAAUACUGAUUUAAUAUAUAUAUAUAUAUAUAUAUAUAUAUAUAUAUAUAUAUAUAUAUAUAUAUAUAUAUAUAUAUAUAUAAUUUUUUUUUUUCAGUGUAAAAAUCACUGGCCAUCUCUACAAUGAGUGAGUGAGUGUGUGUAAUGUCAGUAUGACUAUGUUGUAGUGUGUGUGUGCUUCUGUGUGUGUAUGUGUAUAAAGCAAAGGCAGAGUAUAAAGAUUAUGCACAUAUUCUGUACAUGAACGUUUCAGUUGUGUUCCCCAGCGGAGCACCAAUGCAUGAAAGGAUUUGUGACAAGGAGCUCCAGUUAUAUGUAAUUCAAUAAUAUUAUGUGGAGAGAUAACAAUUUAUUGUUUAUUUUAGGAUUUUAUUUAGAGGCCAAAAGGAACGAUUCAUUUAUUUAAAGAUCUGAUAUAAAUUUGAAUGCUGACGUUCAAAAAACAAAAACAUGGUAAAGAAAGUUUUGGAAUGCCGUCGUGAUAAAAAAAAAAAAAAAAUGCAGAGGAAGUGUAUUGAAAUUGGUUUAAGAGAAAUGAAUAGAAGUGUUGAACAUCUCAUCAAUGUUGGGCAGAUCCCUAGUAAAUCUUUUCAAUACUAAAGCUAAGCCUUUCCGUCACCACCACAAAGAGAAACUGUUAGUACCAAUUGUAAAGCUCACUCACCAAGCGUUUUGUUCAUUUCUCGCAAUAAUAUUUCGGAAUUACAGGAUUUUCGGGGGCGUUUUCAAAUGAGAUCUUGAACCACAAUAGUAAUUUACGAUAAUGCUAUGAGGUAGGCAGGAUACCUUGUACUUCCUGAAACUGUUGGGUUGUCUUCCACAUUAUUUAUCCUUCACCUCUUUUUCUUGCGCGUAUGCUUGAUGAAAAACUGCACCGCAGACUCCAUGUGCUUGGGCCCGUCAUCAGGGCCUGCCAGUCUGAUUAAGACUGGCAGAAACAGAUGACCGACUCAUGAUUAUUUGCCUUCAGUUCUUGAAUGGAUUCUGUUCUGGUCUGCUCUGAUUAGUUUCCCCCUCGCCAAACACGAAAGAUGUAAAAUAUGCAAAACAGUAGCAUUUUUGAUGGGUUAAGAAGCCAGUACAGGAUGUUCUUUUAACCAAACUCUCUAUCUAGACUAGUUUCAGUGCUUAUAUACUGCACUAUGGGAAACGGUACUGCAUAUAUUCUGCACAGUACUCCUCUGUUUGUGGUUUUGUUUCAUUGCUAAUUUGACAGUUACAAGAGCUCCAUGUAAUAUAACACGCUAAAGCGAUUUAUCCUUUUUCUUAAACGACAGAUCUUGAUGUAUAUGAACCCUGUUCCUUAAAGUUCCUAACUUACAGAGUCGUUUGGGAACUAAACGUAGCUGCUUUUGUCACAUUCAACAUGUCUGAUGGUAUAUUCUAUCAUAACUGGAUUUUAGUGUGUGUAUGUUUGUACGUAUGACUGUAUUUGGUGCUAUUGUCAUUGUUUUUUAAUCGAAGCAGUUUCAGAACAUAACUUGCAUGAUUUUGGUUCAAUAACUCUGUGCCAAUGGUCGCUCUCUAUCUCAGACUCUCUCUCUCUCUCUCUUUCCUCCACUCCUCUCUGUGAUAGUUUUCCUGAGUUUUGAAGUUACUCUUUUUAUAGUAAGAAUCAAGCAAAAAAAAAAAAAAAGUUUUUUU